AUGAAGCUUAAAAACAAUUACUCUAUAAAAGAAAACAUUUCCAAAUUAUAUGAUAAAAAAGAAAAAGGAAAAUAUUUAUUUUUAAGAAAAUGUAUAAAUCUUAAUAGAUACAAAAAUAAAAUAAUAAUAAGUGCAUUUUUCACAUUUACUCUUGAACUUUUCAUAUGUUUAUUUUGUAUCUACAUUUUUGUAUAUCCUAAUGAAUGUAAAUUUAGAAAAUUCUCUAAUAAGAAUACCAUUGUUCCUUUCAAAUUAACACUUAAUGUAUACAGAUGUUUAAAUGAAAAUAUGAAACAUUUUAAGGAACCUUAUUUAGACCUAUCAUAUAAUGUAGAUUCAUAUUACAACUAUAGAAAUACCAAAGAACCAUAUACAGAUCAAAUUCGUAAUUGUGAUUACAAAGACGAAACUAAUAUUGUAAAAUAUAUUGAGGAUCCUUAUAUUAAUACACAUUAUCAUAUGUCAUAUGAAGACGUGCCUAAUUUAAUAACGAAUUAUAAUUAUGUACAUGAAAAUUAUAGUAUGAACGAUGAAGAUCCAUCAUAUAUGGAAAGACGCCAUGAUAUACAAUAUAAUGACAAUAACAUCCUAUUGGAUGCAUAUGAUUAUAACCAAUAUUUGGAACCACACAAUAAUAAUAAUAAUAUAUAUCAUAGUAGUCAUAUUUCUGAUCCAUAUUUUAAUAUGAAAUAUGUUAAUGAAGAAUAUAUACAACUGUUUUAUGAUAUGUUAUAUAAUAACAACGAAUUUAUAUACGAUUUUUAUGAUUUCCAAAAUAUGGAUAAUAAUAUUACGGAAUUACCCAUUAUCGAUAAUAUCCAUGAAUAUCAAAAAAAAAUACUAUAUAAUAUGUAUACUUGUCAUGAAUCUAAUGAAAUAAUGUCAUGUGAUUUCACAGAUUAUGAUGAAGAGGAAAACAAUCUUUCAAGAAAAAAAUUGAUGGAUGAACAAAUAAGACAUAGAAUUAAUGAUCCUAUGGAUGAACAUAAAUGUAAAAAAAUAAAUAUAAAUGUAGAAAAACACGAAAAUUUAAAUGACGAACAAACCUGUAAUAUAUAUCAAAAAAAUACAACAUUAGUAAGGCAAGAAUUAGAAGACAUUUUUCAUGUCUUUUUAGAUAAAUAUAUAAAAAUGAAAUAUCUACAAAAAGAAUUAGAAUUAAUAGAUAAUGAUAUAACAUUAAAACAAUAUAAAUUAUACUUGGCAGAUUUCAUAGGACUAGAUAUAAGUAAUAAUGAUGAAAAAUAUUCAUUUACAAAAAAAAAAGAAAGUAUUAAAGAAUUAAUAAAUUCUUAUAUAAAAGAAGAAGAAUUAAAUAUGAUGAAAAAAUUAUUGGGUGCCAAAAAUUAUUAUAAAAAGACAUACUAUGAUACACUUUCUAUAACACAUAAAAAUAUAAAAAAAAUUAAAAAAAAAAAUAACAUAAAGCUUGGAGUAUCAAUCGGACUAACAACGGUAGCAUCAUUAUUAACCAUGUUUAUAUCUUAUUGGACAUCUCCUUAUGUUUUUCGAGGUAUAUUUUAUCUUAUAAAAGCAGUAUUUCUCCCCUCACAUUAA